AUGGUGCAACAGGCAAGGUCAGAGCGAAUGUCUAUUACCAUUGAGACUGACACAUGUUCUGAUUCAGUUCAGGAGGGGUCCAACAAAACUGGACCAGCAGCAGUAAGUGAUGAGCAGGCUGUCAAAGCGCAGGCUGUCAAAACCAACACGGAUUUCAAAUCCACCAGUGAUGUACAGUUUUGA